ACACCUGUCCAGGAGAGGGACAGAGGGCGAAUUAUGGCCUCCGCGUCCCAUUCGAAACCUUCCAGGGGCUCGCGUCUCCCGCCCUUCCGCGCCGGCCCCACUUUUCUUGCGCGCGCCCCCUCUUCCCCCGCGCGCGCCCCAAGUUUCCAAGAACCUGGGCCCGCAUCAGCCCGACACGGCGGCUACCGCGCAGGCGCCGGGAAUGGAGACCGGAAGCGGAAGGCUUUACGCGUCGGUUCGGUAUUUCAGUGACCUGAAGCCAUGCGCGGCUUGGAGGAAUCGGGGCCUCGGCCCACAGCGACCCCGUGCGGGUGCGUGAAACCGGCUCUGGAGACAGGGAAUCUUUUAACUGAGCCAAUUGGCUAUUUGGAAUCUUGUUUCUUCACCAAGAAUGGUACUCCAAGGCAGCCAUCCAUUUGUAGCCAUUCACGGGCUUGUUUGAGGAUUAGAAAGAGCAUCUUUAAUAAUCCUGAACAUUCCUUGAUGGGCUUAGAACAGUUUUCUCAUGUUUGGAUUUUGUUUGUUUUUCACAAAAACGGUCAUUUGAGCUGUAAGGCCAAAGUGCAGCCUCCCAGGCUGAAUGGUGCAAAGACUGGAGUUUUCUCCACAAGGAGCCCGCAUCGUCCCAAUGCAAUAGGACUGACCCUGGCCAAGCUGGAAAAGGUAGAAGGUGGAGCUAUAUACCUUUCUGGAAUUGACAUGAUUCAUGGCACACCCAUACUUGACAUAAAGCCCUACAUAGCUGACUAUGACUCACCACAAAAUUUGAUUGAGCCUCUAGGGGACUUUAAUUUACAGAAUAAUCAAUAUACACCAGAAACCAUGUCCCCGUCUGAUGGCAAGAGUGCCAGCUGUGAACAACAGCAGCUCUCAGGGUGUGAUGAACCACAACCCAACAGUUGCAUUAAGGAGAAACCUGAAUUUCCUGAAGACAGAACUUCAGGAGAAAACUAUGUGAAACACAACUUGGCAAAAAUCCAGCAAAACUCACCUAACUACAUGGAGAGAACAGCAGAUUUUGAAUCAAGAAGUGAUCAGAGUCUGAGUGUAGCAGAAGAGCAAAUUGGCCCAUAUUGCCUGGAGAAGAGCUUUUCAGAGGAAGGUACAGAAAAAAGGCUUAGAAGACAGGAAGAGGCAGCAGUCCCACAAGGAAACAGUGCAGAGGUGCAGCCCAUGGCUCUUCACUGCCCUUCCAGGGUGUCUGACGCCAGUGUGGUCCCUGCCUGGGUGAGAGAGGCCCCUGUGGCCACCUUGGAAGUCCGGUUUACUCCUCAUGCAGAGAUGGACCUUAGGCACCUCAGUUCAGAAGAUGUCAGUCGAGCUUCAUUUAAAUAUUUUCAAUCAGCAGAGGAAGCAAAGCGCGCCAUUGAGGCUGUGUUGUCAGCUGACCCUCGGUCUGUAUAUCGACGGAAGCUCUGCCAGGAUCGCCUCUUCUACUUCACUGUAGAUACAGCACAUGUGACUUGCUGGUUUGGUGAUGGCUUUGCAGAGGUUGUAAGGAUCAAGCCAGCUUCUGAGCCUGUAUAGAUGGCUGACCCUGUGGAGUCCUUGGUGUCUCUGGGAUUGUGAGUAGCCUCCAUCAUGUCUUUAGAAGCCUAAUUGAUUUUGAAUGUGGCCAUUAGAUUUUCUGUACAAGCUAAUGACAUGCCUUCUUUGUAGAAAGAAGCAACACUUUGUGAUCUCACUGCUUUGAUUGAUUUGGGUUCUUCAGAAUACUUAUUAGACAAACAUAUUUUAAUAAAUUGAGAAGGAGAAAA